UAUACAUAUUGAGUACUGAGUACCCAAAUACUGAACACUAUUGUCAAAAACUGCAAGUUUUGUUCUUCAUUUCAGGCAUACAGCACUUCAUAAGAAAACUAAACGAAAAUGUUGGUAAAACAUAUUGCUAAACAAGGACUCUUGUUGAAAAAUGUUGGUGCUAUGUCCCGUGCUGCUUACCACGGCAGUGGCAUUAAAGUAACCAUGGAUGAUAUGCCCGUACCCCAAGGUGACUGGAAGGAAAACCACAGCCGUCAAAACGCUAAAUACAAUGCUGUUUUAUUGACUGGUAUUGCUGCUUUGGUCGGCACCAUUGCUUUGGUCAAAUCUACCGGUAUUAUCGAAUUGAACUACAGCCCACCCAGCUCUUUGGAUUAAGUACUUUAUAAUCUGUGUACUUGUUUAUUGUGUCUAAGCUAAAUUUCCCCCUUACAAAUAAGGUUUAAAAUGGUUCAAAAUAAAGUGAUAGCGAAAUAAAACCAACAAA